UGUCAAUUGCUGGGGAUCUCGUGGUUCUUGAGAAUUCUCUUGGAAAUUAUUCAGGUCCACCUCUUCCUUUGAGUUAAGAAAUCAGCUUCAUUCUCAGGGAUAUGGGACCUGUCUUGGGGGACUCUAAUUCUUAAAAGGAAAAGGAAUUCUCUCUCUCUGACCCCAGUGCUCACACACCUGGAUGUUAUCUACCUCUCUCCUCAGCCAGGCUCUCAUUAUUGACCCAAGGAUUGGAGACCCAGUCCCAGAGUCCCCAGUAUCCAGAUAGGGAGAUCAGUGUUCAAUUCAUCCUACAGUUUUUCUUCUGGGUCAGGACCAGAAGGACAAGAAGAAAUGACAGAGAACAUCCUCCUAAAAACAGAAGUCCAGCAUGUCAACAAAAUGAAACUCAGAUCAAGAAUCACCUUGACAGAGGUGUGCAUACAAAACCUGAAAAUAAGAAGUCUCAGUUGCAGCAGCCCCUUCAGCCUUCUUGGGAAAUUUCCCCUUGAGAUGAGGGAACAGUACUCCAUGCCACAGAUACAUGAUUGUUUAUUGAAUUCAUCUGAUUCAGAAGUAGACCAAACUAUCCAUAAUGAUUUAUCAAGGCCACAAAAAUGAAGACCGAGUAUACCACCAUUCUGUAUUAUAAAAACUAACAGAUGAAAAUACAUUCAUAAAUGUGAGAAUCUGAAUGAUAUCAUGAUUUUUCAAGGAAUAAUUCAAAGUACAUAGAAAAAAUGAUAUAUAACAUUUGUCAUUCAUAUGUAGCAUUUAGAAAAAGAGUGAUCAAUAAUCAUAGAAAAAUAAAGGCCAUUUCCUAAUCUAUAGUCCACUGGCACAAAGAUAAAAAUAUAGAAAAGCUUUGAAAGCAACAGAAGAGCGAUUGUGUCAACAUUAGUCUUAUUUUGUUUAACCAACUACUCCAGUGAAUCAGAAAGCUAUGGAAAUUGAAACAAGCAAUUCUCCAGUUGGACAAUGCAUGGACACGUGUACCAGUCAAAGUCUACAUGUUCAAAAUUACAUAAAUUAUCAACCUACAGGAAACAUGUUUCCCAGGAGUUACAACUCUAUGAAUAUCAAAUACCACAGAAGAAAAAGAAAAUGUAUAUCUACUAACUGUGGAAAGAUAUUUAGUAAUAAGUCUAAGUUGAAUGUUCAUCAGAAUGUCCAUUUGGGACAGAAGCCCUAUAUAUGUGCUGAAUGUGGUAAAAGAUUCAUUCAGGAGUCAAAUCUUAAUAUCCAUCAGAGAAUCCACAGAGAAAUGCCCUAUAUAUGUGCUAAGUGUGGGAAAGAAUUCAACUGGAAGUCAAUAUCUCAUAAUCAAAAAAGAGUUCACAUUGGAGAGAAGCCUUACAUAUGUGAAGACUGUAAAAAAGGAUUCAUCUGUAAAUUAAGGUUUCAUGAUUAUCAGAAAGUCCACAUUGAAGAAAAGCCCUUUGGAUGUAAUGACUGUGGGAUGAGUUUCAGCCAGAAGGCUUUAUUUCAUGCUCAUCAGACAAUGCACAUUAAAGAAAAAUACUAUAAAUGUGAUGAAUGUGGGAAAGGAUUCAAAUGGAAGUCAUACCUUAAUGAACAUCUGGAAGUCCACACUGGAGAGAAGCUCUAUAUAUGUGAUGAGUGUGGGAAAGGAUUCAAAUGGAAGUCACACUUGCAUAAACAUCUGAAAGUCCACUCUGGAGAAAAGUCUUAUAUAUGUGAUGAGUGUGGGAAAGGAUUCAAAAGAAAGUCAACCCUUCAUACACAUCUGAAAGUGCACUCUAUAGAAAACUCAUAUAUGUGUGAUGAGUGUGGGAAAGGAUUCAGACAGAAGUCACACCUUGAUAGACAUCUGAAAGUCCACUCUGGAGAAAAGUCCUAUAUAUGUGAUAAAUGUGGGAAAGGAUUCAGACAGAAGUCAAACCUGCAUGAACAUCUGAAAAUCCACACUGGAGAGAAGCCCUAUAUAUGUGAUGAGUGUGGGAAAGGAUUCAGACGGAAGUCACACCUGCAUGAACAUCUGAAAAUCCACACUGGAGAGAAGUUCUAUAUAUGUGAUGAGUGUGGGAAAGGAUUCAAAUGGAAGUCAACCCUUCAUAGACAUCUGAAAGUCCAUACUGGAGAAAAGCUCUACAUAUGUGUAGAUUAUGGGAACAAAUUCACUCAGAAAAGAUAUCUUCAUCAACAUCAGAGAGUCCACACUGGAGAAAAGGUCUUUAUAUGUGAUGAGUGUGGGAAAGGAUUCAAAUGGAAGUCAAACUUUUAUAAACAUCAUAAAAUUCACUCUAGAGAGAAGCCCUACAUAUGUGUAGAUUAAGAGAACAAAUUUGCUCAAAAGAAAUAUCUUCAUGUACAUCAGAGAGUCCACACUGGAGAGAAGCCCUUUGUAUAUGAUAUGUGUGGGAAAAGAUUCACUCAUAAUUCAAGUCUUCAGAAACAUAAGAGAGUCCAUAUUGGAGAGAAACCAUAUAAUUGUGAUAUGUAUGGAAAUGGAUUUAGAGAAAAGUCAAAAUUUAAAUAUCAUCAGAGAUUUCAUAUUGGAUUAAUCCCUAUUUUUAUGAAUGGUAAUUUAUUUAGCUGGAAUUCAGUAAUUCACAAUCAAGACUGUUCCCUCCAGAUAAUUCUUCUACAUGUGAGGAGUAUAAGAAAAAAUUUAAAUAAGUGUCAAAGCUUCAUGACCAUCAGAGAGUCUACAAUGGAGAUUUACUCUGCCUUUGGAGAGUUACUUAAUGGGCAUGUUAAAGUUGUCAGACAAAAUUUAAAAAUUCAUGAAAAUUAGAGAAUUGACAUUGUUAGAAAACCUCUAUUUUGGGGAUGAAGGCAGGUAAAUGAUCCAGCUGAAUUUAAUUCCUUGUAAUAAAUAGUGUCCACAAUAGAUAAGUUCUGUAUAUGUAAUGAAUGUGAUAAAGCAUUAAAUCAAAAGGUUAUAUUCACCAGAGGUAUCUGUGAUAAAUUUUGAGAAACGUUACAUGCCUCAAUUAUUUCUUCUUUAUGUAAGAGUUCCCUUAAAAUGAUAAAGUUUUUAAAUAUAACACUUAUGGAUAGACUUGUAUUCAAAACAAAAUAGAAAUCUAAAAAAAUGUUUCCAAUUCAUUAAUCAAGAAAUCCUUUAAGGCAUUUUCCAUACAAAUAGUUCAGACAAUAAGUCCAUAUUUCAAAAAAUGGAUUCUUCUCACUCGUUGCUCUUGAAAUAAGCACAUGAAUUUUAUAUUAAACUGAUACAAAAUGCCCUGAGAUGACACUAUACUCUCUAAUGUACAUAGUGUUAAAGAACAUAAAGUUAAUUUAAACCAAUGGAUAAAUUCACAUAGCUGCAAUAGAGUUCAUUUUACUAUCUUGAGAGUGACAGGAACAGCAAGACUAUGUCAUUUCUGUUAGACAUUUGCUUUCUUUGCUAAUGAUCUCUGCCAUUAUGUCCUUCUCCUCAACCAUAACCUCUUUCCGAAUUCCUAACUUUUUCUUCUGGUUAUCACAAGCAUUUUUAGAACUGUUUCAUAUAACAUUUUAGCAAUGGUUUUGAUUUGCUCAUUAACUUAUUAAGAAACCUAGUAAAUUCUGCCUUUCAUAUGAGGUUAGCUUUUAAAAAUUUUUCUUCUAUGCCUACAUUUUGUGGAGUUUCUAAAAUAAAAUAUAUACAAUUAAAGAUUGUGUCUGCAUCCUUUGAUAUAGGCAUAUGAAUUUUGAUGUUUUGUUUUACAUAAUAAUUUAAAUUAUUUUCCUAAAUGUGAAUCAUCUUUGAUUCCUUCGUAUAAAUUCAACUUGAUCAUAAUUAAUGAUUUAUGAAUAAAGUGCUUUAAUGUU